AAUCAGGAAGGUUUAUCCAAGGUUGAUCAACAAUCUACAUCUAUAUCAAAGCCAAUUGGUUCUCAGAUUCCGAAAAAUGUAACACCUUCAGAAUCACAAAUUACGAAAGACAAGAUCACUAAGAUGACUAUUAAUAAUAACGUAAUACAUGCUAUACAAAAAGGUCAAGUGCGUACAAUAAUAGUUUACGACAUACCUGCGGUCUGGUCACAUGAUGCAAUCUUGGAACAUCUAAAGUCAUGGGGCCAAGUAUUGGAAAUAUCCUUUAAGACACAAUACAAGUAUCAGUCUGUUUGGACUAAAAUGAUACUCAAACCAACCAUAGAUACGGACUUCGUUAUGAGAACUUACCACAGUGAUCAAUCCUUCGAAUAUGUAUUGAGUUAUGAAUUGAAGGGUCACGCUUUUAUUCAUUUAAAGGUGCAUGGGAAACAUCAGUUGAUCGCUUACUUUGAAACGCAUGAACAUCUACUUAGAUGUAUGGAAUUUAAGCAUCAUUGGAAGCUGACCAUUUCAACUCCUCCCACGAAAAAAAUUCCUCAAAAGUCCAAAAAGGACAAAAAGUCUUACUCACAGCAAAGUAAAGGGAAGAAUUUGGGCAAAUCGCUCAGUCCUUCAACUCAUUUACGCAACAAAUCCAAUACUCAACAAAAGACUGAUAACACGCAUUCUUUACUCAUAAAACUCCUGAACCUUUUGGUAUGAAAUUGUGAGUAACUGAAUCCUAAAUAGCAUAGAAUAAGUGGCUUUAACUGUAUUGCAGUCAUAACAUUUUUUUUUAGGCAAAAUUAGUGGCGCUUAUUUCUUUUGUAGGACCCAAGACAGAAGUUAAUUUGGUGUUUAAGGUGAUUUUGGUGGAUCGGUAGGAUGGUGUUUUUUUUUUUCUUUCUUUCUAUUUAUUUUUCUUUUUUCUCGGUGUCUUUGGUUUUUUUUUAGCUUCCGCUUUUUUUCCAUCCCCCUUUUUAUUGGUCAUAUUCCUGGUCCCAGUGUGUUUUUUUUAUUCAUUUUAUUUUU